AUGGGUGCUGAGUUAAGGCUGGGAUCACCUGUGGUUUGUAAUCUUACUUCUGACUGCGACUCAAACCGCAGGAAGGACACAAAAAUAAAGGAUCAGAUAAUCAGAGAAAACAACACUAAAAUUUCGAGCUUAGAACGAAAUAAUAAAAUUCAACUCGAUCACGUAGAAGAGUUGAAAAGAAUAAAUGAAAAGACUAAGACGAAGAAAAGAGAUCUUGUUGAAAAAAAGAAAAAAAUGGUAGAACAGAUUGAAGAGCUAAAAGCCGAUAAGGAGGAACUAAAAUUGAAGUUACAAGUUCAAACAGAUCCAGAGGAGCUGGAUCAGCUAAAGACUCAAAAUGGUGACCUGUCGAGUCAAAUAGAGGAGCUCAACAAAAAAGUGAAAAGCUCUGAGUCAGAAUGCAAGAGGUUACAAGAGGAGCUUAAGAAGUACAUCAAUUUCCAAAGUCGCGUUUUCUUACCGACUGGAAAGGAAUUUGCCGGCAACUGUUCUGGUGUCAUAUGCUUCCUAAAGAGAGAUGCUUCUGGAAAACUGCGUUGUUCCAGAUCUUCUGAUGGCUCGGGAGAAGCAAGUGACAUAUUAAACCAUAAGAAAGGCGCCAUUAGUGGAACAGCGGAAAGAGAAAAUUCAUGGUGGUCCAUUGAUCUGGGCUUAAGCCAUCGACUCGUAAUCACACACUACUCUUUGAGACAAGGCAAAAGGCAUGGAGAAUCAGCACUUACCGAUUGGCAACUAGAGGGAUCUCAUGAUGGAAAGAACUGGGAAAAACUUAAAACUAUUUACGACGGGAAGGAUCCACAGUUCGCCGCUUCUCCUCCAUUUUAUACAGGUACGUGGUCUGUCAGAGGGGAAAUACCGGCUUUUCGUUUUUUUCGAAUUUUCCAGACAGGUAGAAAUUCCUCUGGUAGAUAUGGAAUAUAUCUAUCUGGAAUUGAGCUGUACGGAAUACUUCUGAACAUAUUAAACUUAACAGCUAUAAAGGCUUUAACUUUUAAAAUUUUCAUCAAGCGGUCGAGAUAA